UUUUUUUCUUCAGAUGUUAAGUAACCAAAUUGGUCAUCAACGAGAGAAUCAAAGAGAGACUCAUCUCCAUGGCUCCAAGGUGGAAAUGGAAAGGUGCUGAGGCAAAGGCUUUUGCCGAACCUGUUUCGGAAACGGUCUCGGAGCUCCAAUCUUCUUUGGCCCAAACCAAGGCCUCGGGUUUCCUCUCAAGUUGUAACGUACUUCUAUCGGUUGAGCCAGAGCAAGCUGAGCUUUUGGACCGUUGUUGUUUCGGUAGAACCGUUGUUAGUGUCGAGAAAGAUAAGAGAUGGAUUCAAUUAUCCUUUGAAGAGGCUUUCUUUUUGUUCUACAAGCUGAAAUGCAUCAAGAUCUCUCUUCAUGGUCGUUCUCUGGUAAACGAGGUAGAUUUAUGGCGAUCCAUAAGAUCCUUUAAGCCAAAUUUUGCUACAUCUUACAAGGCUUAUUCCCAUCUACGAUCGAAGAACUGGAUUGUGAGAUCAGGGUUACAAUAUGGAGUUGAUUUCGUGGUGUAUAGACAUCAUCCAUCUCUUGUCCACUCUGAAUACGCCGUCUUGGUACAGUCCAUUAGUGGGAAUGAUCGUUUAAAGGUGUGGUCGGAUAUUCAUUGCAGUGUUCGGCUAACCGGAACCGUAGCGAAAACAUUGUUGGUUCUUUACGUCAAUGGAAACGUCAACACAGAGAAUAUGAAUCUGCCUUUGUGUUUAGAGGACUACACAGUGGAAGAGCAAACAAUACGUAGAUGGAGUCCAGAACUUAGCCGUGAAGAUGAAACCAAAACAUGAUUAAGGUUACAUUUUAACAAGUAUUUUCGCAUUAUAAAGUUGUGUUGUAAUGCUAGUUUCUAGAGGAAGAUAAAAUGAACUAGGUUCUGAUUC